CUUGGAUAGCAGUGGUACGUUACCUGUCCUGCGGGCUUCUCGUUCAUCUAAUCGGAGCCGUGGGAAACGGCGCUCAACUUUUAAUUGGCCAAAGAUAAAACCCUUGCAGAACCUUUUAACAUUUGAAAGACUCGUCUUAUGCGGUCUCGACUAAUGACGCACCCUAUAUCGAUAAUGUAAAUGAUUCUUGUACGAGUAGUUCUGGCUAACUCUAUGGUUAUGUAAGCCAGAGCGUCAGAGAAUGAUGCCCCUCACUAGGUGCCUUGCUCCUCUUCCUGGUUCGGCUUUUUAACUCUAUGCUCGUCAGAAGAGCCGCCAUUCUCGUGGCUUGACUGUAUGGGGCCCGCGAAUAUUCCUUCCGGGAGGGAGCUCGAGGCGGCUAUGAACGGCCUGCAUUAGAUUGAUCCGGUGAGUUGAUGAGAAUUUUACUGUCCUAUCAGUACUACUAUUGCGUUGCGUUAGUAUCAGUCGGCUUCGACCCGGUCUCAAAAAAGAGUCACCGCAUUCAUAGCGCACGAGCCGCUGGCCUUGUGAAAGCAAUCGUAUAAACGGUAAGAUUUCUGUCCCACCAAUACAACGAAUUUGGACCUUCCUUCACAUACACGAGCUUCCUCUCCUCUUCCUAUUACAACCUCUGGGUGACCACCGAGUCAGAUUACCAGAUCCCACCAUCGCUGCACCUUCAUUUUGAGAGCCUUGUCAUCUCCCACCAUUUGAGAAGUUCGUUGGCCGUCGCUGUCCUCAGAUAUGGCAAAUCAUCGAUCGGUCCCUUCAGAUAUUCUCAUCAUUGGGGGUGGUGUCUUUGGACUUAGCACUGCCAUCGCUCUUCUACAAAGGCCCAGCUAUGCCGAAGCCAACAUCACGAUCCUAGACGCCGCCUCGGAGCUUCCCAAUCGCUUUUCGGCGUCAUGGGAUACGAGUCGCAUGCUCCGGGCAGAUUAUGCCGAAAAGGAAUAUACAAAACUAGUGUCUGAGGCUCAUAAAUACUGGAAAGACUUGAGUCCCAGCGCCUGGGGUGGAGAGGGCCGAUACUAUGACGCCUCGCUCUUGCACAUGUGGAGGGAUAUCUUGAAGAAAGUCUUGAAAAUUCCAAGGAUCUUGCUCGGAGUGGGAGAUAUACCUUCACCAUCGAUGACAUCAAAGAGUUGCCCAACAAAGACGCGCUCAAGAAGGAGGGACCUUUUCCAGGUACCAGCGGAGAUUAUGGCUACCUGAACCGAAGUUGUGGCUGGGUGAAUGCUGAGAGGGUGGUCAAAUAUCUCUAUCACAAACUCGAACAAGGAGGUCGAGGUCGUGUCAAGGUCAAGCACCGCUCAACAGUCCGCAGGCUUCUUUACCACCAUGAUCAGCAAUCCGGAACAACCGUGACCCGCUGCAUCGGUGCCGAGCUUGAAAAUGGCUCUCGUGUCAACGCCGGUCUAGUUAUUGUUGCUGCGAGUGCUUGGACUCCUUCCUUGGUCGAUACAAGAGGUCGCGCGGUGGCGACAGGUCAGGUCCUCGCAUAUCUCAAGUUGACCGAAGAGGAGCAGGCGAUACUGGACAACAUGCCGAUCUACUUCAACUUCAGCACAGGCAUGUUUAUGGUUCCAGCACGGAGUCGAGAGCUCAAACUUGGUCGACAUGGAUUUGGCUAUCAGAAUCCCACUCCACUUUUUAUUGAAGGCCAGCACGCGCUUAUCAGCACUCCAAGACCUGAUUUACCUGUCCCGGCCGAAGCAGAAGCAGCCUGCAAAGACUUCUUGCUUGAGCUGUUUCCACACUGGAGAGAAAAGAAGUUUUUAAAGACCAAGCUUUGCUGGUACUGUGACACACCGACCGGUGACUAUUUGAUUGAUUAUCACCCCCAAAUACGAGAGUCUGUUCCUCGUGACAGGGGAUAGCGGCCACGGUUUCAAGGCCCUGCCCAUCAUUGGACACAAGAUUGUUGACGCCAUUGAAGGAAAGCUUGAGCCCAACCUCAAGAAGCUGUGGAGGUGGAGAGUCGAGACCCCCCAUCAAGUUCGAUGGAGCAGAUGACGGGACCAGAGGUGGUAAGCGUGGUGUGAGGUUGAGCGAUGAAUGGGAGAAAGGACAUACCGAGGCAAAGCUCUGAAAACGGACCAAACUAUUGGGGGGAAAGGUCAAUCCGCACAGAUGUCGCAUGACUGAUUCUAUGUUCCAAGAGAUUGUGUUUCACUGUUUGUGGAUGAUGCCAUGACAGACUUUGAGGAUAUGGUGCUGCUCUGAGUAGAAAGCGAUCCAAUUGGAUGUGACACAUUUAAGUAACGUUCUGACUGAAUCGUAUUGAAUAAAC